UGAAGCCCUCAACUUAAAAACACGUUAAUCGGUGAAUUUACCGCCUUUUCGAACUUACUCAGCCAAGCUUCAUUGUGGCUUCUGUUAGCCAUCGCAAUACCGAUCAUUUCGUUUGCCAUCUCUCAACAGUGAAUGAAGAGCAUUAAGCACUUGCCAAAGGGUGUCCAUAGUUCACUGCGCUCAAGUGUCAUUCUUUUUGACUUGACAAGGGUUGUGGAAGAAUUGAUAUUUAAUAGUUUGGACGCUGGUGCAACAAAGAUAACUGUAUCUAUAGGUGUUGGGACAAGCUAUGUAAAAGUAGAGGAUGAUGGAUCUGGAAUUACUCGUGAUGGAUUGGUGCUGUUGGGAGAAAGAAAUGCGACAUCAAAGCUUCCCAGUUUGGCAGAAAUUGAUGUUUCUAUGGGAAGUUAUGGUUUUCAAGGAGAAGCAUUGGGAUCCCUAUCUGAUAUCUCCUUGUUAGAAAUCAUUACAAAGGCUCGUGGCAGGCCAAGUGGAUAUCGCAAGGUUAUAAAGGGAUGCAAGUGUUUGUAUCUUGGACUUGAUGAGAGCAGACAAGAUGUAGGUACAACAGUGAUUGUUCGUGAUUUAUUUUAUAACCAACCUGUUCGGAGAAAGUAUAUGCAUUCCAGCCCUAAGAAGGUCUUGCACUCAGUCAAAAAAUGUGUUUUGCGAAUUGCACUUGUGCACCCACAGGUUUUCUUCAAAGUCAUUGAUAUUGAGAGUGAGGAUGAGUUGCUCUGCACACAUUCUUCCUUGUCGCCAUUGUCAUUACUGUUGAACAGUUUUGGCUCUGAAAUUUCUAGCUGUCUACACAAACUGAAUUUUUCUCAGGGUGUAUUGAAGCUUUCUGGAUAUUUAUCCGGUCUUGGUGAGAUUUGCUCAACAAAGGCAUACCAGUAUGUCUACAUCAACUCACGGUUUAUUUGCAAGGGUCCAAUUCAUAAACUGCUUAAAGAUGUGGCAGAUUCUUAUAUGUGUCUGGAUCUGUGGAAAGGUAGUUCUGGGUCCCAAAAUGGGAAAAGAAAUAGGCCACAGACAUAUCCAACCUAUAUCCUAAAUUUUUGUUGUCCACGCUCCAGCUAUGACUUGACCUUUGAACCAUCAAAAACAUUUGUUGAAUUCAAGGACUGGGCUCCUAUACUUUCCUUUAUUGAACAAGCUGUCAGACAUUUUUGGAGUCAAAUCUCAGUACAAGGAGAAUACCAUAAUCAUAGUGAUGAAGUAUCAAGAAAAGACAAAAUGUGGAAGGCAGAAAAUGAUAUUAUCUUGCCAGCACCAGAUAUAUCAGCAUGCUCUGAAAUUGUGGAAAAGAAGUGCAAGGUCAAAUAUUAUCAUAAAUCUUUGAACCACAAUUGUUCCUCUAUGGAAUUUGCAUCUGAAGAGGCCAACUGUUAUGAACAGAAAAAACAUAAAAUGGCCUCCAAAAAAUUACAAAGAAAUACUGCAGAAGUCAAAGGACAAAAUGUAAAGGCAGAAUAUGUACCCUCAAGUUAUCAUUCUUUGCAGGACAUGGUUUCCAAUUCAUGUGAUCCUUCCAUAACCAAAUCUAUACCAGUAGUUAAUCAAGAGAAUGGUGAUGAUCUUUUAUGUGUAAAAUGUAAUGCUUUGACAGAAAGAUUGGCUGCUUCACAGACUGCCACAGAUGAUGUAAAAAAAUUUAUUUUAGGACAUAAGCAGGGAAAUGAAUCUCUCAAAGUUGAUGUCAUGGGUGAAGAAUCAACAAGAACCCUGUUAACAUGCAGUGAUUUUGAAUACAGAAAUGAUGUAGAAAGGGUUUCAUUUCCUUCAGGAUGCACCAGAGAUUUUGAGAAGUCCGUUUUGCUGCGUUGUCCAUCACUGCAAAGUGGACCUUAUGAUGCAUCACUGUCUGUGAAUCAUGAAGAAUUUGAAUUUCACAUGGAUGAACUCUGUUCCAAAAGAACAUUACCUGUUCUUCGAGACAUGAUUGCUGUUGUGGAUACUGAUGAUGGUAACGCGAGUUCUGAGUUCUUUGCAGAAGCUUCAUGGCGGGACAAUGCAAGUGAUUCUCCUCUCUCUUUUAAUAGUGUUACAAAAUGCAGCAUACAUACAGAACUAGAUGGCUUGUCAGGGAGCUUCAUGAAAUCACAUCCUUCUGAAAGGGAUUAUUUCACUGAACAGAGUAACUUCCAAAAUAAUACCCUUGCAAGGUUCAGGAAAAUAGGUUCCGGUCAUUGUUCAACAGAUUUUAAUUGGUAUUCUGAGUCCCCAUACUUGAAGAUCAGGAAUCCAUCAGAGAAUCUGGAACAUUUUAAUGAUAAAUAUGUUGCUGAACUCAAUUGCCGGUCCCGUGGAAGUGAUACUUCUUGGAAGUUUAGAGAAAGGAAAGACAAACUUGACUUUGGUUAUGAUACUAAUAAUGUCACUGGUGGAGAUUACCUUUCCUUGAACGCUGCAAAUACUGCAGUAAAUGAUCAAACAUUUCUCUGUCAUGAGCAAUGUUUAGAUGAUAUUAUCUUUGAACGAAGUGCUUGUUCUGAUAAAUUAACUAAUGGAAAGGAUUGGUUAUGCUUAGACUCUUUUGAUAUGGAAACAGCAGAUAGUUGUUCAGAACAAGUAUUUCACAUUCCUUCACCUAAUGAUUACAAUAGGGGAAACAAUCCAAGAAAUCACUUGGGGUCUAGAAGUCAUAUGUACUAUCAAGUUCUUAAGAAAAGAUCAAAGAGAAGCCUUUCAGCCCCACCAUUUUAUAAAGGCAAGAAAAAGUUACAUUCUAUACAAAACAAAUUGAGAACCACUGCAGGAGAAGGUGAAGAACAGAUCAUCCAUAAGGCCUCUACUUUACCAGAAAGAAAGCAAUUUGAGCAUCCAUCGCAUUCUUGCCAUAUGUCUCACCAAUAUUUUGAACAGAAUCUAGUUGAUGAUUCAUUGUACUUUUCAAGAACUCACAUGGAGGAUAGGCCACAUGACAGACAGUAUAUGAUUGAUGUCCAAGAGAGUGAUGACUUCAGGAAACCUAAAUAUUUUGAGAUGUACAAUACAGAUUUAGUCGAAGACUUCAAUCCUGUUGAUAUGGAAGAUCCAAAACUUUCCUGGGUCAAGUGGCAAGAUGGCAAUUCACAGGCUCCAGAUGAUGAUGCGCCAGAGAAACUGCAUGAUCCAAAUGAUAUACUUGAUAUCUUGUCUGGGAUCUUGCACCUUACUGGUGAUUCUUUAGUUCCCAAAUCUAUCAAUAAAGAUUGCCUUGAAGAUGCCAGGGUUCUCCUACAACUGGACAAAAAAUUUAUCCCUGUCAUAGCAGGUGGAACACUAGCUAUCAUUGACCAGCAUGCUGCAGAUGAAAGGAUCCGACUAGAAGAACUGCGUCGGAAGGUAUUGUCUGGUGAAGGAAGAACAGUUGCUUAUCUGGAUUCUGAGCAAGAGUUGGUGCUACCUGAGAUUGGAUAUCAGCUACUGCACAACUACACAGAACAGAUAAAUAAUUGGGGUUGGAUUUACAAUAAUCAGGUUUCCGGGUCCUUCACCAAGAACUUGAAUGUGCUAAAUAGGCGGACUGCUACUGUCACACUUAUUGCGGUACCUUGCAUUUUAGGUGUCAAGUUGUCUGACAAAGACCUUGUAGAAUUUCUUGAACAGCUUGCUGAGACAGAUGGAUCAUCAGCUAUGCCACCAUCUGUUCUUCGAAUCCUUUGUUUUAAAGCAUGCAGAGGUGCAAUCAUGUUCGGGGACUCAUUGCUACCUUCAGAGUGUUCAUUAAUUGUUGAAGAACUAAAGCAGACUUCGUUAUGCUUUCAGUGCGCUCAUGGGCGGCCAACUACUGCUCCUCUCGUCAACUUGGAGACAUUGCAUAAGCAGAUUUCCCAGCUUCAGUUGUUUCAUGGGGGUUCAAAUGAGCAGUGGCAUGGGUUGCAACGGCAUCAACCAAGCCUAGAACGUGCAUCACAGCGUUUAAACUCAACCAGAGAUAAUUUUGGGUGAAGAAAUUUUCCCUCCAAAUAAAAAUAGGUUUAGCAAUCUCAAGUUGUAUGCUUUUAUUGAUUUUUAAAUGCAGUAUAGUUUUCUUUUCUUUUUUGAUGUUGCAUGUAUAUAGUUGUUGGUUUGGAAUUAAUAAUAUAAUAGCGGUUUGACCACCACGUGUCUA